UAUGAAUUUAUAUUCAGAUUAGAGAGCUGUCAUGGCAAUGUCUUGUAUUCUAGAUGAUGAAAAGCUGGGCGAUGCAAGUUUUUUAAUAUUUUCUAGAAGCAAGAAUGAAUUUGAGAUCUCUGACAGCAGCUUGGAUGAAGCUCUGACAUUUUCUCCAGAUCUGGGACUGUCACCUGUCACUGGAUUGACUGGUAAUAUGGGACAUCUGAAAUGUAAAGACAGGUAAAGUAAAAAAGAAAAAUAUAAAGAGAAAAUUGAAAAUUAUUAGGAAAACAUAUAGUUAAAGGAUAUAUGUCUUCAAACGCGUAGGUUAAUCAGGUUACUUUACCAGUAAUUUAAAACCUGUUUAUAUUUAGCUUUGAAAUAAGCACAGAUUAGUUUUUAUAAUAAAAUGAGUACUAACACUAAUCUGCUAGUCCUAUAGAUUGAUUUUUGGAUGUAGUGAUUGGAGUGAAGAAUUAAACUUGGGGGUCAUAAGGCAAGCCACAUUCUAACAACCAUAUCCCCCAUAUAGUUGUUAGAAUGUGACUUGCCUUAUCAAAGUGUUCUGAAAAUUCUGUUUUAUUUUGAUAACAUUUAUUACAGUGAUCUAAAACAUGACCGUUUUAUUUAUUGUAAAUUUAGAAUAAUUAUCACUAUGGCUGUUAUCUGCUAAUAAAUGAUGUGGGGUACACUGAUAUUACUGGUGUUGUAAUGAUUUGCAGUACACUGUAAUAACUGGUGUUUUAAUGAUGUGGGGUACACUGAUAUAACUGGCGUUUAAUGAUGUGGGGUACACUGGUAUAACUGGUGUUUAAUGAUGUGGGGUACACUGAUAUAACUGGCGUUUAAUGGUGUGGGGUACACUGGUAUAACUGGCAUUUAAUGAUGUGGGGUACACUAAUAGAACUGGCAUUUAAUGAUGUGAGGUACACUGGUAUAACUGGCGUUUAAUGGUGUGGGGUACACUGAUAUAACUGGCGUUUAAUGGUGUGGGGUACACUGGUAUAACUGGCGUUUAAUGAUGUGGGGUACACUAAUAGAACUGGUGUUUAAUGAUGUGAGGUACACUGGUAUAACUGGCGUUUAAUGAUGUGGGGUACACUAAUAGAACUGGCAUUUAAUGACGUGGGGUACACUUGUAUAACUGGCGUCAAAUGAUGUGGGGUACACUGAUAUAACGGGUGUUUAAUGAUGUGGGGUACACUGAUAUAACUGGUGUUUUAAUGAUGUGGGGUACACUGAUAUAACUGUUGUUUUAAUGAUGUGGGAUACACUAAUAGAACUGGCAUUUAAUGAUGUGGGGUACACUUGUAUAACUGGCGUCAAAUGAUGUGGGGUACAGUGAUAUAACGGGCGUUUAAUGAUGUGGAGUACACUGAUAUAACUGGUGUUUUAAUGAUGUGGGGUACACUGAUAUAACUGUUGUUUUAAUGAUGUGGGGUACACUGAUAUAACUGUUGUUUUAAUGAUGUGGGGUACACUGAUAUAACUGUUGUUUUAAUGAUGUGGGAUACACUAAUAGAACUGGUCGUUUAAUAAUGAGGGGUACACUGGUAUAACUGGCGUCUAAUGAUGUGGGGUACACUGAUAUGAUGGGUGUUUAAUGAUGUGGGGUACACUGAUAUAACUGUUGUUUCCAUGAUGUGAGGUACACUGAUGUGAUUGAUGUAACUAAUAAUGCCUAAUGAUAAUCUGGCUCUGGAGGUACCUGAUGAUGUUAUAAUAUAGGGUAGAGUAAUCCUACAUUAUUGAAGCAGUUUUUGUGAGUAUAUAGGGUUGGGUUAGGAGAGCUAUUUAGGGAUACUGGUAUCAAGGGUUACAGGGUAUCUGCCUUUAGGAUUCUGUGAAUGUAACUCCUAUCACUUUCAGCCAAGUGAGCAACAAUCCAUGCCCCAUAGAUCCCCUCAAGCCUAACAAUAAACAUAAUAUAGCCAUCAGUAAUGCUAGCCAUCCCUGGACACUAUGAACCCCAUAACACUAGCCCACCUGUAAUCCUAAGAAGUCAUACCCUUAGUCAUAUAGCACCGACAAGACCUUCCACUCUAAAUGUGUAAUAUAUUGCAUGAGAAUAUGAAAUGUGUAUAUCAGUACUACUAUUCAGUUAACUUGCAUGUCUUCUUUUCUUCAAAAUAUCUUAUUGUUUGACAUGGACGGGAUACAUUAGAUAUAUAUUGUAUGUAUUAAUCAAAGUAUAAACUGCAGGUAGGCAAAUUUGUGCAGAAUCAGAUCAUCUCAAUGCAAUUCCAAUCACCCUCAUCCAGCCAUAAUAGAAGUUCAGACCAUCUUAACAGUAGGUACCCCAUAACACCAACCCUAACCCAAAUCUCAAUAGAAACACAGAAAUGAUGUUAUUGCUAUACAUAAUAACAGGGUGCCUUGCUGCUCCCCACGUUUACCAUUGAGCUGUUAUUGCCGCCUUUUAAAAAUACAGAUUAAGGAACAGCACACACACAAAAAUCCAGUUUAAAAUUUUACAAGGCUACGUAAAAUCACAUGUGUAUCUUUGUAACAUUUGAAACUGUAUAUUUGUGUGUGCGCUGUUCCUUAAUCUAUAUUUUGUGUACAUAGUGGUCUUUACCAACUGCUGAGAAAUACAUGUUCCGAGUGUGCCCCCAAUUUCUCUUUUUCCACUGCCACCUUUUCAGUGACAUCACUGUCUGUCACCUACCUCUAACCUAUGAUUACCUGUAUUUGCAUUAACUGAGCAUAACGUAUCAUUAAACUAGGGGUUAACCAAAUAUAGCCAAUAACGGGCACCCUUUGUUGUAGGUUAUCUGGCAUCACACCAAGACGACGAUUAAAGCUGUCCCCUGACUCUCAAAACCCCAGCCCUACCGACUCAACUUGUCAGCUUCACCCUGCCAUGGGAACAGCCACAGGUGAGAACAAAGCACACUGUCCUUGCAGGUCAUGUUACAACAGACGUAUGAUGUCACCAGUCACUGUUUGAGGAUAGGUAAUAGUCUCAAAAUGAGAGGACUUUAGACAAAGAAUAUUCUUUUGGGAUUAGUGUUUUUAUGAGCUUCUUGGAUCUAAUUUACCUGUUUAAUCUUUUGAGUACCAGAUAUAGCACACCUCUCCCUGCAUUUGUAACAGUACAGCGUUAAUGAAUUUGCAGAAUGUCUGCAGAAGCAAAGUGGAUACAAUUAAAUCUGUAUUAGUGAUUUAAAUAUAUUUUUAUUAAUGAAUGUGAUAUUUGUAUCUGAUCUGUUCCUCUCGUCAUUUAGUUUCUGGCAAAUGUUAUAAAGGGGAGAUGUAACUUCUCCAGAAUUUACAUUUUUGCGCAAAAUAUUUUAAACAAAUCACCUAUAACUUACUUACAGUCUAUUUUAAAAAGGCUGGGUCACCGUAAACUCCUAAAAAGGGAACCGGCAACAUUAAAUAAAACAUUGGAAAUUACCUAUAAGUUAUGUUAACCUUUCUUAUGUGAUGCUGUAUUUUCUUGUAAAUAUUUAUUUAUGCUGUCUCUAUGCUGACUCACAUACAAAGGGCUGAGAUUUUUUACAAUGACUAACAAAGAGGCAAGAUGGAGGGGCUUAAUUCCUGGAUAAAUAUAAAUACAGACGCGUGGAUUUCUAAAUUAGUUUAUAAUUUACAGACCUAACAAGCACGUAUUUGUGAAAUAAAGGGAUACUUAAACAUAGCGUUAAAAACCUUGAGAACUGACAGGUCCAUUUUAAAGAUAGUCAUCUCUUCCAGGAGAUCUAAGCCAGGUUGCCAGCCAUGCACAGCUGGUCUUAUCUCAGGGGAGCUAACAGAAGCUCUGUGCAAAAGUUUCCGCCUCUUCUUCAAACACUAGGUAACCUGUCAAACUGUUUGCAAAUGGCUUGAUGAGGGCAGUCUGGCCACCAUAACCACUAAUGUUUGUUGUUGUGAUUAUGGUGCUUGCAUACUAGCAUUUUAAAUUUAUUUUUCUCAUAUUUACCAAUCUUUAUUACAUUUAAGCAAAUAUCUAUUUACUGUUGUGGCAGAAGAAAUAGGCCUGCUAGUUAUAUCCACUGAGUUUAUUUUAGAUAAGUUUUUGAAAGCUGGAACCUCAAGUCACGCCCCUAUUCCAUUUUCUCCUUUUAGGAUUUGGAAUUCGGGCACCAAUUACCGACGGGUUUAGAUUGACAGAACAUAUAGAUCCAUGUCCCAGAUCUCCCUUCUUCUCAUUACUUGCUGUUUAGUGACAGAGGUUUCAAGCUUAUGAUGUCAUUAUGCCAGCAAUAAUGAGGGGGGGGGGGAAGCCUAGGAAAUCCCUCUUAUAAGGAUAAGGAUCUCACUUUUGAGUUUAUUCAUUAAAUCCCAGUUGGAUAUUUGUCCAGUUUAUCACGUUUCAUGUAAAUAAAUUCUGCUAGCCACUUAUCAACUCACAGCAAUCGAUCCCUAUGAACAAAUCCAUAUAUUAUAUCUGUCUUGUGUGUGUCUGAAAUAAUUACAUCUAUUUAGUUGUAAAUAUCUUGUUUAACAUCUUUGCAGAGUUUCCAAAUGAGUCGACACCGAAAGUUAGCCCUGAAAUCUGCAGCACAAGGUACAGUGUCUAAAAAUUAAUAUAUGCACAGACCACAAUGCAUUGCAGGUUAUACAUUUUAGCAAGGGACAUUCUCACUGGCUCCAAAUUAGUGACCACGGGGGGGCGGGACCGGGGGCCGUCGAGCUGAUUACCAGCCAUCUCACAAAGCUCCAGCCUUGAGUCUGAAAAGAUGCUGAAAUAAUGCACACCGAAUGCUUGUAUGCCUUAGAGGUGCAAAGAUCUAUGGAGAAGAAUUCCCCGGCAACUAAUAGACAUCAAAAUACAGUCGAUACUACCAGGAUUCGGGUGAAAUUACCGCCUGCGGUAUACUUUGACAUCAGAGCCUGACAUGUGGCGGCCCACAUGCCAGAGCUAGCCGAUCGCUGUCUGCAAUACGCCUACGCUACAGAUGGGGAAAUCACCCAACAGAAUGAUGGUGCAAUUAAUGCUGAACAUCCUCGGGUUUGCUGGGGUGGCGCUGCUCCACCUUCCCCCCCUUACACCGGGGGGUUAUCCCGGUCCACUGUGGCAUUUUGAAAGUUAAUAGUUACGUUGGAACCUUGCUCUACCUACCUUUACCUCUCAACCAUGCACACAUUCGCCUGAAGGCUGCCAUGGCUGACACUCUGGCUUCGCAAAGCAAAACCCUCCUUGCAACUUUAUAAAAUCCCACUAGGUGUGUUGGGCAACCGCAGCUCCUACCUGAUUGCAGCUUGCCGACCUGAGCAGAGCCUCUGCAUCUGGGCUUUGAUGAGGGGGGCCUACAGCGGAUUGUCCCUGUUGCUGAGAGCCCAGGUGGACUGACAUGUGGGAGACCAGUAGCUGAGAGGUUCCUCACCUUUCGUCCCCAAUGGCCGGCGAUGAGAGAGACAUGUGGAGCCGCUCAUGUUGUCCCACCGGAGACCGGCGAACACAGCGGAGGUGCAGAAGGGAGCCAGUUGUCGUACUUUACGGGGGUGUGGGAUUCUAUGAACUGGCAGGACCUUUGAGUGCCCACUGUGCUGCGGGAUUCAGGAUGGGGGGGUUUGGAGCCGUUUGAGUGGGAGGGGACGGGGUCUGAUACCGUGGGGACACAUGCUUACAUUUCUUGUGGGGGAUGUGGUGUUGGGGAAUGGGGGCCAGCAGUGCCGGUGUAAUGUUUCUUUAUCCAUGCUUUGUACUCUCUCAUUUUUGUUUUGACAUUUUAAAAUGUCUGGCAAUACGUGUCAUUGUAAAGCCACGAGUUCACUCCCAUGGAGCGUAAGGUGGGGCCUUCAUGCAGACCAAAUCAAAUCAACUUUUUUGCAAAUCUAAGUGAAUUUAAUGCAUAAUUAAAACUUUAGACCAAACGAUCUGAAUUGACAAAAGUUACCCAAUUCAGCUAUUUUGGCCAAAAACUUGCAUUUGUUUCUUUAGUGAAUUAUCCUGCCAGAUUUACUUAAACCACAGUAUCCCAGACAAAAUGUGUUAUUUUCAGUAGCUGCUCCUCUAUCAAAUAUCCCUUGGUCUACAAAAUGAACACCGCUCCUUUAAGGUUACCCCCAUAGUUCUGGACAAUUAUUUAGGAAGUUCAGAUGCUUAAAGGAUUUAAUCCACCAUAAGAGAAAUGUAGUACAAAUGGAAAUCAUUUUGAAAUACUGAUGAAUAGUCUUUUUUAAAUAAAUGUUUUAUUAUAUAUUGUGUGCAGUAUACUUAUUCAUUUUCAUUAAUCCAAUAUAUGAAGAAAUGUUGGUAACACAAUGCAACACAUUUUUCAUUUUUGUUAAACCCAUAGUGACUGCGCUUUUGAAACAAGAGCCUGGAAAACGGUAAGUGUUCUUUUGUAACCUACAGGAGAAACUAAUGUCAGCGUUAUGGUUUUUAUAUUCUAAACACAUUAAUUAGAUACUAUUACUAAUAAUUUUUUAAGUACGAGGGAUGAAUGUACUAAAACAUAAAAACUAAUAUAAUUAUUCGCAGAGUUAGAAAAAAACAUCAUGAAUUUAAAUUUUUAGGACAAUUUAUCCAAAAUAAAUACAUAGCUGACUACUUUACCUUAAAAUUGGAUUUAUUUUGAACUUGUAACAAUUCACACUGUGCUAGUAUACCUCCCAACUCCAGUAUCCAUAGAAUUGGGAGUCUAGUGGGAGAGGUUUAGAGUGGUUCACCACUUUACAGGCAGAUUAGUCUGGCGUGAAUACACACUAGGUUACCUGCCUAUUUUGUAAAGCCAGCGCACUGAGGGCAGACCCGGAUGGGAGCGCUGCUUCGGUGCUCUCCGCAGAGUCCUAGUGCCAUGAACAUAGUGCAAACAUGUCUAAUAAUUGGGCACAAUUCCCUGGUGUCCCUAAAGGCGGGACCUGGAAACAGGGACUGUGCUGCCAGAAUCAGGACGGUUGGGAGCUAUGUAAUAGCUAAGCAUGAUUUUUACCAUCCUGGUGACAGCACGCUGGUAGCAUUGCAGUAAAACUUAAAAAAAUGACAAAUUCCACAAAGUACAACUUAACUUUUCAUGUUACUUUGCAAUUUACUUGCAAUUUGGCCAGCAGGCUGUAUAUAUGCUAUUUCAUAGUGACCUCAAGUCAUAUUAAGCUUGGCAUGUGGUGCGCCAUAUUAUUUAGCAAAUGGAAAUAUUCUUAUGAAUCAAAAAAAAGAAUUCAAGCAUUUAAAAAUUGGAAAUGUCUUUUCUUUGUUGAACGUAUUUAGCAAACAUAAUGAAGACCCCAAAUGCUUUGUUUUAGUACUGUCUGUUGCUUGUGGCUUAUUAUGCUAAACAAGUAUCCACUGUACAGCGCUACGGAAUUAGCUGGCGCUAUAUAAAUAAUAAAAUAAUAAUACAAGAUGCGUGUGUGCAGCUCACGUGCCAAUAAGUGUCUGCAAGGAUGGCAUUUCUUCCUCUGGUUUCUAAUAGAUACAUGCUAGAUAUAUAUUUACAUAUUAACUUUAUUUUGUUCCAUAUUCAUAAAUAAUCUCAAUCCAUAAAUGAGUAAAAAAAAAAAAAGAGAGAGAGAGAGAGAAUUGUGCAAAUAAAGGACAAAGUUGAAACGAAACAUGAAAUUAGCCAAAAUGGUUUAUUUGCAAAAUCAAGAAUCAAAAAUCAAGGAAUUUUCCCAAUUUGCCCGUUUUGUCCUGAAUGUUGUAAGUCAGUUGUUAUUUCACAGAACUCACUUUUUAGUGAAAUGCUUUCACUAAACUUUGGAGUUAAAAAGUGUAAUGUUUCAUUCGCAGGGAUAUUUACUAAAGUGAGAAUUGUCUGUAAUUCAAAGUGAAUUUUUAAAUUUGAAGCCAAAUUAGCCGAAAUGAAAGCAUAGCAAACUUUGAGAUUGUAUCUAUUUCAGCUACUUUGCCCUUAAAUUUGAAAUGCACUUUAAAUUCCUGAUAAUGUUCACUUCAGUGAAUAACCCUGUUAUUAUUUAGAAACAUAGAAACAUAGAAUGUGACGGCAGAUAAGAAACAUUCGGCCCAUCUAGUCUGAUUGGGAAAUAUGUUCAUUCUUCAAAUGCUUUUCUAUUUUUUAUUUUUAAGAAAAAAAUAAUAAGAAGAAAUAAAGCAAGAGAAAAUGAAAACGUCCUUCAUCAAAAUACGAGAAAGGUAAAUGGACUCAUCAUCGUGUCAUUGGCAAUGCCCGUAAUGGGUGAACCUGGCUGGGAAAUUGCGUGAGAUUGUCUAAUGAUGUGCUGCCCAUGUACAGAUCCCUGGUGUCCUCAAAUUCAGGACAUAACUGAGACAGCGGAACAGGAUCCUUAAGUAGGGACUGUCUCACUGUAGUCGGGACUGUUUGGAGGACUGGAGCAGACAUUACAAUAGGAAGAGAUAGGUCAAUCUGGCGAAGCCACACUCAAACUGUUAUAACGUACCUUUGUUUUGACAUGUAACCAACAGAAGGCACAGUCUUUCUUAAAGAUUGCGCAUACUUACAUAGGGAUGAGAUAAGUUACUGUCAUUGGAAAGCAUGGGAUCUCUCUCAGUGGAUGACAAUGAUAUAAGGAACCAAUAGUGUAAGCCAUUAUAGACCAAUGACUCACAAUCUGGUCCAUAAUACCUCACUGGAGCAGGUAAUGUGCCCUUCGAUCACAAAAUGGGGGGGAUGUAACAAGUUUAAGUAGAGUCUUGUCAUUGGCUUAAAAAUCGAUUAAAGAGGCAAUCUAAGCAACAUAAACACUACAGCUCAAAGUAGCAGUUAUAUUACCUAAAGUCACCGGGAUAAUAAACCUUUGGCAAUCCAGAUGUUUUGGACUACACCCCCUCAAUGCUCUUACACCUAUAAUGCCGGAAAAGCAUCAUGGGAGCUAUAGUCUAAAACAUCUGGAGUGCCGAAGGUUGCCUGCGCCUACAAGUCUAGGUGCUGUUCUCUGGUUUUAUACCAGAGCAUUUAAUAGGGGCUUUUCCCAGCACCUACAAACCCCUUCCCAGCCGUAUUGAUAAUGUGCGAUAUAUAUUACUGAAUUGUCCAGGUCACUGUUGUUCAAAAUUGACAGUGAUGACUGACUGAGAGGGCUGAGAGUCAGGUGAGCUCAAUUUAAUCUCUAUAUUGUCAUAAUUGAAAUACCCUUUUAGAUUUUUUUUUUUUUAUAAUUAUAUGUAUUCCAUUAUUUUCAAGAAAUCAUCUCGCAUGAAGCUUUUAGAACUCUUCCAAAGUCCAGAGUGUAUUGCGAGACCGCAGCCUGCUUGGUUAGAAAAAGGAACACCAGAGCAGGAUGCCAAGAAACAAGACAACAGUGGAGAUGGGGAUCACAUCCUCUCAGUGAGUAAAUGUGCAUGUUUUGAUAGGCUGCUGUACAAAAUGUGUCCACUGGGAACAUCUAGGAUUUAUAGUCAUUUUAAAACCUAUAAUUUUAGUACUGUACUAUACCUCCCAACAUGUCAUGUAGACAAAGAGGGACACUUUAAUUUUAAAAUUGGGCACGGAGCAGGGCUGUUCUGAGAAAUUUACUAAUAACAAUAAUACAACUAAAAUGUAAUUUAGAACAAGAACAAUGUAUCUUAUUUACACAGACUGAAUUCUAAACACAUUUACUUUUGUUUAAAGUCACAAUAACGGGAGUAUUAUUGCUGUGGAGCUCCGUUAUACACUCAGGAACACUAACAAUAUGAAGGUCCUAUAAAACAGGGGCACUAAGAUAAAUAAGAGAUAUCGAGGGAUUUUGUUCCAAAAUAGGGACUGUCCCUCCUAAAUAAGGACACUUGGGAGGUUUGCUGUAAAAAACAUACAAAUAAAUUAUGAUAUUUUGGCAAAUGGAAAUAAAUAGUAUCAGCAACUCAGCUCAAAUAAGCUUUCAGUCCAUAGGGAAUUGGACAUAAAUACACGAGGGGUAGAAGUGAAAAUAUAUCCUGUAAGGUUAAAUGUUCUGCAAGUGACACAGUUCACAUUGUUACUGACUAAAGUGUAAAUUGUUGGGAAUCCCAAGCAAAUUUAAAAUUUUAGGGCAAAGUUGUCCUGUAUUGUAAGCAUGGCUGGUGCUUUAAUUGGAAACUAAGUUUAAGUCAACGGCAAUUAACACUUUUUUGAACAACUUUGUUAGUUUUCUGUUCGGUAAACCCCUGUAUAGUAUUUAAUCUAUCAUAGUCGUUAGCUGACUCCUACAUUUGAACACUCACAAUUUGUAACUUUAACUUGCUCUGGCACUGUACGCAUUCCCUAUACAAGUUAAGCGAACACUCCAAGCACCAUUAUAAGUGCAUCCCGCUGUAACGUCAUGGUGCUAUGAGUGCCCAGGUGCCAUCCCAUGAUAAGGUGUCAAACCAUUUUAGCACGAUCUGACAACCUACCUGGAUACCCACUGUGCUCGCUCUGCCUCGAGUCUUCUCCAGAAGAAGAAAAGGCGUUUCCAUAGAGUAAAGCAUGGCUGAUGCAGGACCACGCUUACAAUCUGAGAACGCCAAUAUUUUAGAAUGUAUGACAAAUAAUCCAUUUAUUCUUCUAAUAUGUAGAUGUGCAUUAGCAGUCCGAAAUGCAAUAUUACCGACAGUGAAGAUGAUGAACUAAUUGGGGAUUUCUCUAAAGUAAGUUAAACAUGUUAUCCAACAAAAAGCCAAUCUGCAUGCUUUUCCUCAUCCUAGAAUGGAAUUGUCUCUUCUCUGGAAAUUACACCAUUGGACAUUUCAAAUCUCCUAUAUUUUGUGUUAACCUUGUUUAUGCAAUACUUUGUUAUGUUUUAGAUGUAUAGUAAAGGUUUAGUAACUGACAUUGCAACUCCAGUUCUGUCCUGGCACAGCAAUGGCACACAGUGAGUUGGGGGAAGAAAACAAGAAACACUGUUUGUAUCUUCAUGUAUCUAUUCCAAGAUGGAGGCAGCCAGUUACACUUCCUGGAGAAUGCUAAAUACAUAGGCCUUCAUUUAUACUUGUAAUUUAAUUUUUCCAGACCUCAUAAACACAUAUUUGGGGGAAAUAUAAUCUGGAAUUCUGGGAAGUGACAAUCCCCUUUGAAAGGGUUUAACCACAGAAGAAGCAAACCUCUGUUUAUAAAUGUAAUUUGGUUGACAUGAAAGUAUGAAUGAUUCUCUAUAUCAUGGUAUAUUUGCACUAGUGGGGGACUUUAGGACAGGACUAGGAUUCUUGUAGAUGUAAGGCUUUAAAAAAUGAUUUUAGAUUUCCGUCUUCCUAUUUAGAACUUAGUUGUGUCAACUAUACACACAUUACAGGAAUGUUUUAUGCGAAGUCUGCAUCGUUUUAUGAAUCAUAUGCAUGUUGUAUGAGCAGACUAAGAUUUUCACAUAUGUGAAAUUAGGUAGUUGUCUAAAGGGUUAAUUAUUUAGUGACCUGGCAGGUAGCAGAUUGUUAUGGCCUAAUGGAUUUUAUUAUCCCACAUAGACUUGAAACUUUUUUUUUCUUUUUAAAUAAGCUCUGUUUACAGGGAUAACACAAAUGAACUGAGGCUACAAUCAUAAUUGUUUUGUGUCCCUCACCGCCAUACACGAUGCUGAUAUCUCAUUAUACACACAGUUUGUUUUUGUUGGUGGAGGUUGAGAGGUUCAGCAAUUGAAUUGCGCAAUUUAAGCCACAGUAGGUAAUUCGGUAAAAAAAUAAAAAUCUCCUCUGUUUGUUGAAUAACCCCUGCACCACAGAGCAAAGCAAUGGGACCUGGCUGAAUACAGGUGAAAAUGGAACUGAAGCAACAUUAUUCACUGUUAUAAGAGUAUUGUGAAUAAGAUAUAUGGUCAGAAAGCCAACAGAAUGACAAUUAUGUGCAUUUUUACUUAACCCCUUAAGGACCAAACUUCUGGAAUAAAAGGGAAUCAUGACAUGUCACACAUGUCAUGUGUCCUUAAGGGGUUAAAGGGACACUAUAGGCACUAGAACAACUACAGCUUAAUGUAGUUGUUCUGAUGAGUAUAAUUAUUGUUUUCAGGCAUUUUCAUGCAAACACUGCCUUUUCAGUGAAAGGGCAGUGUUUACAUUGGCCUUAGGGAUAUCUCCUGUGACCACUCUUCAGAUGGCCACUGGAGGGGCUUCCUGGGGCAGUGCUGCACAGUAGGCAGCACUGCCGUUCAGCAUCUCUACGCUCUGCAUGGAGAUGUUGAAUUUUCCUCAUAGAGAUGCAUUGAUUGACCCGCGCGGCGUUGGAAAUAAGGUGAGUUUUAACCCCUUCCAGGUGGCAAGCCAAUUAAAUGGUGGUUUUAACACUACAGGUUCAGGUAUAGUGUUCCUUUAAUUAUAUAGUAAGUAAGUGCAAUUUGUUUAGGGAUCUCCAGUCCCCAAAGUAUUGAGCUGUCUGUUUGUCUGGACAAAAAUGGUUCUGCAGAAGGAAUAAACCUUGUUGUUAUAUAAAGUGAGAGCUAAUAUAGGAUGGUUUCACAUACGACGGUCUGAUUUUAUGUUAAUUUAUGUAUAGAUGAAUAUAUCACUCAUAUAUAAUAUUGUCUUAUUGUUUACAGUGUUACUGUUUGCCAAUUGAAAAUGGAAAGCACCAAGACCUUAAAUAUAUAAACUCUACAACCGUAAGUAAUUUCACACAAAGUUUUGGGCUGGCAAAUGUUAAAUCUGUGAUAAAAGGCAUAUAUCAUUAGUACACAGAGAAUGCUGGCGGUGGGCGAUCAUUGACAGAAUUCCACACCCUUCAGGCCACACUAAGUCCUCCCUCAGCCCUGCCUCCAUUUUAUUUAACCCCUUAAGGACCAAACUUUUGGAAUAAAAGGGAAUCAUGACAUGUCACACAUGUCGUGUGUCCUUAAGGGGUUAAACACGAUUUUGUGUUGGAGUAACACUUUCCGCAUUGACUUACUCCCUGGUUCGUCACCAAAAACUCAGUUUAUAAUGUAAUGUGAUGUGUUUUUAAAUUAUAUCAAUCAGAAUUAAUCCAAAUUAUAGCAAAUUAAAAUGCAAAUUACAAAAUUCAGGCAAAAAAAACUGUUCUGGAAAAACUGUCCUGCUCCGCCAUACUUGUAUAUGUAGCCUCAGUUAUGUUAUAUUUGGGCGUUUAUUGAAUACUCCCCAAAGACAUUAAAUAUUGACUCUUUAUCCGUAAUAUGUUUCAGUAGAAAAUAUGUUAAACUAACUUUAUUUCUUAUUCUAUAUCUUGGUUUCUGCUGAUAAAUAUCCAGUUAGCACGGCUUCUCCGGGGAAGCUAUAAGGACAUUGUGCAGAAAUAUUGGGUGGUGGACUGUCGGUAUCCUUAUGAAUUUGCUGGAGGACACAUUAAGGUAUAAAACACGCAGGCACUUUGUCAUACUACAUCAUUUUAUCAUUAUUUCCAUUUUCCUGCAUUUAUACCAGUGUGUGUUAACCCCCUUAUAACAUUAGUGUUUAAUAUUUGUAUCAAGAAACUUUAAGAAAUAUUAGGAAAUGCUGUAGAAUAACUGCAUUAAGCCAUUUAAUAGCGUAAAGUGUGCCCCCUAACCAACUAGUUUUGAAAGAGUCAACCAAUAAUGAUCAUUUAAGAAAAUAAUCUUGAUAACACCUGUACUUUGCAGUCUUGUUGUACAACAUUUUGUUCUUCUGCAAAGGUGUGCUUGUUUAUUUCUAUACUGAAUUUUACAAAAUAAGGGAAUACAGGUUCCACUAUUAACAUCUCUACCAGAGGAUUGCCACUGUCAUAAUGACAUAGGCACCCGUUCCUAUGUACCAACGUUUGACAUAAGCCAGUUUAUUAGUGUGGUCCUACAGAUACACCUGAUGAUGCUCCUUAAUUCUUAUUUGACCAUUUACUCAUCAAUAGUGACUUAUCCAAGGACAAUUGACAUAGUAAGAUGAGUUGCAUUGUUUAAUAACUAUUUAAGUCAUUCAGUAUCUGAACGAUUAUAUUUCAUUUUCUGCACAAUUACUUAGGAACACAAUUUAUUACCUACACAAUAAACUUCUUUGAUUAAAUGUAGACUGAUUAUAGUUCAUCUCUCAGUAAAUAAACGGAUAUUGUUUGUAAAGAAUUUCAAUCAAUGCGUCUUUGUCUCAGGGAGCCAAGAAUUUAUUCAGAGAAGAGCACAUUGCAGAAAAGUUUCUGAAGGAUCCAUCUCUUCCCGAAAGCAGAACCGUCUUGGUCUUUCAUUGUGAAUUUUCCUCAGAGAGGGCUCCCAAACUGUACGUAAAAUAAACUGACAUUAUUCUGUGUUUUAGUUUUUUUUAAUGUUUGUUAAAAACAACUCAUUAUGACACUCUGCCUUGUCCAAACUUUGCACUCAAGUGACUAAUGUUUUAAUAUGAAAAUGUAAAGGAAUGCUGGUUUUAAACAUGUGAAAGCUCUGCAGCACUUAUAUAAGGGUCUCAGAACCUUUGGCUGGGGUCCCUGUAUCAUGGAAGAAGAAGGUCCUCAAAUCAUGAGUAGCAUAUCUGCUAGAAAAAUCCUGCAAGGCAUCUGGUUCUAGGUAGUAUGAAGAAGCACACGGCUGGAGAUAAUGAUGGAAAGCCAGAAUUAGAAUAAGAGGAGUACUCAGCAAUAGCACAAAGGAAGACAAGAUACAGGAAAGAGAGGAUUUUUUUUUAUAAUUGGACAUAAAAUUAGAGUGGAAUAUUGGGGACAUGUCAAGUUUAAAGGAACACUCCAAGAACCAUAGCCAUUAAAGUGAUUUUGGUGCCAAGAGUGCCCAAGUACUUCCCCCUUGUCCCAUUGUAAGUAGUCAAGCUGUAUUAGAAUGGUCCACUGGGCACUGCUCCCUGAAACUUCCUUUAGCUCUUCUGCACUUAGCCCUGCAUCAGCUGAUCACUCUCAGCCAGUGAGCUUACAGCUCUUCGACUAAAGUAAUGGAGUUGGGGUAUCCGUGGGACCCAGGUAAGAAAUCAAACCAUUCAAAAAUGGUUUCACUACCAACAAUGGGGGCACCUCUGGCACUAUGCAAUAUAGUGGUUAUGGUGCUUAGAGUGUUUCUUUUAGAGAGUGAGCUACCUGUUCACUAAAUACCCAUUACUAAGUACCACCGUCCAUAGUCAAAGAAUGUGAACUGAACUCCAGAGCAGUGACAAUAGAGACAAUCAAGAAAACAGUCAAUGUGCAAAGGACUAUUUUCAAAUCAUGUUGCAAUUAUGUUCAUCAAAUAAUAUUUAGUUAUUUUAUGCAUUGAAUACAGUCUGAUGGGUAAUGAAUAGACCCUAUAGGCCUAGCAGGUAUUUUGGGUAAAUUCUGGAUUUAUUUAAAAACUAAAUUAAAGUUUGUCAUGUUUGUAGUUUGAUGUCACGUAAUAAUCCUUUCAGGUAAUACCAUUGAUGUAUCUUAUAUUGUAUAAACUUAGAAAUGUCAAGUGACUGGCAAAUUAUAGUUUCAACUAAUAUACACUUUGUUAUUGUAGGUGUCGCUUACUAAGAAACAUGGACAGAAACGCCAAUGUAUAUCCACUGCUGUAUUACCCUGAACUGUAUGUUUUAAAAGGUGGCUAUAAGGAUUUUUAUGAAAAGUUUAAGGUAUGUAAUUUUUUCCCCUCAAGUGCAAAAUGACAACUGUAGCAACAUACAGCACUGGCGUUAUAACUUACAUUGAUUUUUAUUUUUUUUAAUGAUCCUGAUUAUGUCUGUAUUUUAAUGAUCCUGAUUAUGUCUUCUGUGUCUCAUUUCAAUGCAUUGUUAUGCAAAUGUUAUGAUUAUUUUGUCCCAUGAUCUUCUCUUUCUGACUGCGAUAUAAGAAGAUGAAUUCUCAUUUUACACAGAUGUGUACUGUAUUUUCUUGAUUACAAGAUGACCCCCCUCCAAAUUUUGGACCUUGUUGAAAAAAUAAAUAAAAUAGGCCUGAAUAUAAGACUACCCUAUGGAGAAAACAAUCAAAUACACACUAACACAUACAGAUACAUAUAGGUAUAUUAUGUAAUGGCUAAAGUCAGCCACCAUUUAAGUUACACUCACUUAGCCAGGGGUGCCCAAAAGGUAGAUCCCCAGAUGUUUUAAAACUACAGCUUCCAUGACGCUUUGUCAUUCUAAAAGCAUUCCAAAGGCUUGCAAAGCAUUAAGCGAGUUGUAGUUCUACAACAUCUGGGGAUCUACCUUUUUGGGCACCUGUGCACUAAACCAUUCCAAUCAAAUGGCAACUACAUACCACUCUCUUUGUAGACAAAGCUGAGGUUCUGUACUGAGCCAUCUGAUGUGAAUGCUAUUUUCUGACAGCAAGAAGCCCAAUUACUAAGUACUUUAAAUGAACUGCCAACAAGAGAUGAUGAAUACCAACUAGACAAUAUAAUGCUUUUCUAGAGAACUAUGCCAUCUGCAGGUCAAUUAAACAAGGGAAAUAUACUCCAGAUUUCAGAUAUUUCAGCUGCAUCCUGCUGGCUAUAAAAAUAGGUUAUCUUUAUUUUUAAACAUUUAAUGGAUAUUUGUGAAAAAUAACAUAAAUAAGUGUUUAUCCCAGAUAACUGACCAACAUUACCAUUGCAAAUGGCAUUAUGAUAUGCAAUUAUAUUUCUUCGAGUUAUUUAUGAAAGCUUGCAAAAUUAUUCAAUAUAGUUCGAAAAUCUUUGCAAAUUAUUUACCUACAACAAAUUGCCUUCUGUAGAUAAAUUAUUUGGAAAAAUGUCCUAACAAUAUCAAAUAAUUUGGAAAGUGUAUUCAGUGGAGUCCUAUGUAGGCAAUUGUACAGCUGGUAUAAGUUAUGAUCUAUACAUGUAAUGAAUUCGAUCAACGAGAGGUUAUUUGACAGUAGAAAACCAUUUGAUCCUGUCUGAUAUUGAUUCAAAUUUAAUGUAAUUUGUUUUUUAACAGGUUCUUUGUGAACCACAAGGUUAUGUGAACAUGCUGCACAGGGAUUUCCAGGAUCACCUAAAGCAAUACCAUCGCAAGAAAAAACCAUCUGCACCGCACCGGGUCCGAAAAGAACUUUUCAAACCUCAGUCCACAAACAAAAUCAUGAACCAAGUGAAAUCUCUAAAAUCAUAA